GGGCCUGAGCACGAGGGGGUGUGGCCUGCUGCAGAAGCGGGGAGACGUGGUUGGCCGCUACGCGGCAUUGCGUGGUGCAGCCGGCCCCGAAGUCGGAAGGUGCUCUUCUAGGGAGCACAGGAAGAGAACGUUUGUGCUUGAUUUAGAAUUAGCCAGAUCCUUGCGGGGAGAGGGGAUGGAACCAGUUUCGGGAGGAUGUUCACUGCGCGGAUAAUACUCUGGCCAUAGGGGAAUCUGGAAACAGACGACGGCUCUUGUCAAAAGAAAAAAAUGGUCCUAUGGGGAAAAGUAAAUGUCACUAGGUUGGGAUGGACGGUAACAGGCCAAGCCCCAGACUUGCAUCUAGCCACAUUUUUUUGUCAAGGAGGAGACCAGUUUUACAGAGAAAAGUACCUCUCUGUCCUUUACAAGGACCACUGUCAGGCAAUCCUAGUGCCACCGUCUGGCUACGGCAUGUCAAGCAGCCAGUCCCAGGUAGAAAUAAACUGCCUCCUACUCCCUCCCGAAUGGACGCUGUAGCCUGAGGCAUGCCGCACUCCCCAGAAAUGAGGGAACCAAUCAUACAAGGAUACAAAUCCUGACUUCACCCCUUCAAUCCUCAGUAGAGCUGGUCGCAGAUCCUGAGACCCGGACAGUGGCAGUGAAACAGCUAGGUGUUAACCCCUCAACUGCCGGGACCCAGGAGUUGAAGCCGGGGUUGGAGUGCUCUCUGGGGGUGGGGGACACACUGUAUUUGGUCAAUGGCCUCCACCCACUGACCCUGCGCUGGGAAGAGACCCGCACACCAGAAUCCCUGGCAGAUACUCCACGUGGCACUCCUCCGGUGUCCCAAGAGGAGAAGAGGGAUCCUGAGCCCCUGAAGAAGCGGAUUCGGAAGUCAUCCCCCGGCUGGGAGAACUUGGAGAAGUUGCUAGUGUUCACCGCAGUGGGGGUGAAACCCCAGAGCAAGGAUCUUGUACCCAGAGAUUCCACGUAAGCUCCGGGAGCUGGAAGCUAAAGGCUACAAGCUAGUGAUCUUCACCAACCAGAUGAGCAUCGGGCGUCGGAAGCUGCCAGCUGAGGAGUUCAAGGCCAAGGUGGAGGCUGUGGUGGAGAAGCUGGGGGUUCCCUUCCAGGUGCUGGUGGCCACGCACACAGGCUUGUACCGGAAGCCAGUGACAGGCAUGUGGGACCAUCUGCAGGAGCAGGUCAGAAGAGGAGGCCUGAUACGGGGCACAGACCAGGCGGAGCAGCCCUAUCCCACUGUGGUGGACAGCUAUGGGAAGGGCCUCCUCACUGCCGUCUCCUGUAGGCCAACGAGGGCACGCCCAUCGCCAUCGCGGACAGCAUCUUCGUUGGAGGUAAGGGCCUGGAGGCUGCUCAGGGCGGGCUGGGACCCUCCCUCCCUCCGAGCUAGCUGGUGGAGACGGGGUGUCUUGUGUGUUCCAGAUGCGGCUGGACGCCCAGCCAACUGGGCCCCAGGACGAAAGAAGAAAGACUUCUCCUGCGCGGACCGCCUGUUUGCACUUAACCUGGGCCUGCCCUUUGCCACGCCUGAGGAGUUCUUCCUGAAGUGGCCAGCGGCUGGCUUCGAGCUCCCCGCCUUUGACCCGGUGAGGCCCUGGGGUGCGGGGUGGGGAGGGCUCCCGGGACUAGGACGGAUGGUGUCUCAUGCGCAUCUCCGCCCCUUCCAGAGGACCGUUUCCCGCUUGGGGCCUCUCUGCCUCCCUGAGUCCAGGACCCUCCUGAGCUCUAGCCCGGAGGUGGUUGUCGCCGUGGGAUUCCCUGGGGCUGGGAAGUCCUCCUUCCUCAAGGAGCACCUCGUGUCAGCCGGAUACGUCCACGUGAACAGGGACACACUGGGUUCCUGGCAGCGCUGUGUGACUGCCUGUGAGAUGGCCCUGAAGCAAGGGAAACGGGUUGCCGUCGACAACACAAACCCGGACGCCCCGAGCCGCGCCAGGUAUGUCCAGUGUGCCCAAGCCAUGGGUGUCCCCUGCCGCUGCUUCCUCUUCACUGCCACUCUGGAGCAGGCGCGCCACAACAACCGGUUUCGCGAGAUGACAGACUCCUCACACGCCCCCGUGUCAGACAUGGUCAUGUACGGCUACAGCAGUUCGAGGCCCCAACGCUGGCCGAAGGCUUCUCGGCUAUCCUGGAGAUCCCAUUCCGCCUGUGCCUGGAGCCAAGGCUGGAGCGGCUGUACUGCCAGUUCUCCGAGGGCUGACCCACCCAGCUCCCUCCACAAUAAACGCUGUUUGUCUUUGAACCUGGCCGGCCUGUUGCUGGGAGGAGGGUGGUCGCAUGGGGAAGGGGUCCAGGCCUGGCAGUUUGUUACGUGGAUGGAGGCUUUCGGGACAUUUUCAGGUAACAAAAGGAGGGGCCCCCACAGAGCGGAUUCCAGCUUUGCUGGGAUCCGACACGGGCACUUUACAGACCGGGGCAUGCACAGGCCAGGGCAGGGGGCUGCGUGGCCCCCCAGACCUGGGUGGUGAGGCCACAAAGCCCAACCCAGGACUAAGUUCAAAACCUGGCAUGACCCCCAAGGACAAAACCCCGGCCUCAGGUUCUGCAGCACUGGCCUUGAACCCAGGGCUGGCACCUAUGAGCACCUGGGCUGCCAGGCAUCAGGCAGGGAGCAGAGGGGCA